AUGUACUUUUGUAUUGCAUAAGUAUACACAGCAUUUGUCCCAUUUCUAAACCCUGUUGUAUGAUAUAUGCUUGUUAAAUAAAAUUGGGUCUAUUGAGUUUGCCCUACAAACCCUAAAAGAGGCGAAGAAUUUCUCAGAAAAUUUAUGUGCAUUGCUGGAAUUUCGGUUCUUAUUCAAUUGAAAUUUAUGGUAGUCUGAAACAAAGGGCAGUUGGGGUAUUGGGAAAAGCUCAGAGGGUUUUAAAUUUCAGAUUUGGGAUAUUUUAUAAAGUUUGCUAUAUCAUCAAUAUAUAAAGAAGUGCUACUUGAAUUUGGCAAUGGGAUCACCCAGGAUGAAGCAAAUUGUGCAACCUUGCAUUUUUGGGCAAUUUGUACCGGCAUAUGCUUGUAAAAAAUCACGAAUGAUGAAGUGGCUUGGAAAGCUUUUCAAGGGUUCAACUCACAAGUCAUCAGAAGGACGCUGUCCUGAAGGGUUUGGAGGUGAUGAUCAUAUUUGGCAUUUGCCUCAAAGUCCCAUGGAUGGUCCAUCAUCAAAGGAAGAAACUGAGGAGUUGGAUCAUGCAAUUGCACUCUCUCUUUCAGAAGAUUUGACAAAACCAAAUGGCAGCAAUGCACAGGACGAGGAUGAAGAACUUGCCCGUGCUUUACAAGCAAGCAUAGAAAUGGCUCCAAAGCAGAACCUACCCAGCCACUCUCCUCUACAUUCACAUUUGAGAGGUUGCAGGAUUUGUGCUGGCUGCAAUCAUGAGAUAGGCUAUGGACGGUUUUUGAGUUGUAUGGGAGCUGUGUGGCAUCCACAUUGUUUUCGUUGCCAUGCAUGUCAUCAGGCCAUAUCUGAACGUGAGUUUUCCAUGUCAGGAAAUAAUCCGUAUCAUAAGGCUUGUUACAAGGAACUCCACCAUCCAAAAUGCGAUGUCUGCCACCAGUUUAUCCCCACAAAUAGAGCUGGUUUGAUUGAGUACAGAGCCCACCCCUUUUGGCAGCAGCGCUAUUGCCCUACACAUGAACACGAUGACACUCCUCGGUGCUGUAGUUGUGAGCGUAUGGAGCCAAGGGAUGUGCAGUAUAUUUCUCUGGAGGAUGGUCGUAAACUGUGCCUCGAAUGCCUGGACUCAUCUGUGAUGGAAACAGGAGAAUGUCAAUCACUUUACCAUGAAAUUAGGGACUAUUAUGAAGGCAUGAAUAUGAGAAUAGAUCAGCAAAUACCUAUGCUGCUGGUUGAAAGACAAGCAUUAAAUGAAGCCAUGGAGGGGGAGAAGGAUGGACAUCAUCACAUGCCAGAGACUAGAGGACUCUGUCUUUCAGAGGAACAGACAGUCAGCAGUAUCUUUGGAAGGCCACGAAUUGGAGGAAACCGAGUUAUAAAUAUGAGAACUGAGCCACAGAAACUUACCAGGAGAUGUGAAGUCACAGCCAUUCUCAUUCUUUAUGGCCUUCCAAGGUUACUAACAGGAUCCAUUCUGGCACAUGAGUUGAUGCAUGGAUGGCUACGCCUUAAUGGCUUUCGUGGCCUCAGCCCUGAGGUUGAGGAGGGUAUAUGUCAGGUGCUUUCACAUAUGUGGCUAGAGUCUGAGGUCACGUCAGGAUCAAGCAGUGAAGGAGCUUCAACUUCAUCAGGAGCAUCUUCUUCAUCUUCAUCAAAAAAGGGUGGUAAGUCUCAGAUGGAAAAGAAACUAGGGGAUUUCUUUCUGCACCAAAUUGCAAAUGACUCUUCACCAGCAUAUGGAGAAGGAUUUAGGCGAGGCAAUGCAGCCAUGGUUCAAUAUGGUCUACGCCGAACUUUGGAUCACAUUCGCUUAACAGGCUUUUUUCCUUUAUGAGUUCUCAUUUCUUUAAAGCUGCAAAUUAUUAGUAUUUAGAUUCAUAGUGAUACACAGUGGGUAAAAGGUACUUGUCAAUUCAUGUAUCUUACACUCAAUGUGCAAAAGGUACUUGCCAAUUCAUGUAUCUUACACUCAAUGUGCAAAAGGUACUUGCCAAUUCAUGUAUCUUAAUGGGCAAAAGGUACUUACCAAUUCAUGUAUCUUACGUUUGGCAGGCGAAAGCGGUUUGUCAAUUCAUGUAUCUUAUCAAACAAUUCUUAACAAUAAUUGCAUGAUGCAACAUGUAUUUGUACACAAUAUCCAGAGCUAUAAUGGAAAAUGAAUGUGAACAAAUUUCUUGGAAAUAGAAAAUAUAUUUGCAGGUUGAAAGACAUGUAAAAUGAGCUUGAGAAUUUGCAAGGAAUGCAAAGCAUCUUCAGGAGUUCAUCCAAAUUGUAAUUUAGCUUUCUCAAAAAGAAUAAAUAAUCAGCUUGUCAGA